AUGCCGUAUGCUGGGCUCGAUCGUGGCAGUGGCAACGCCGUAUGUUCUAUGUACGAAGCAAACUCGGGAAGCUCGUCCGCGCAAGGGAGAGCAGAAGACAUUUCCCUUCAAUAUGCCUUGUUUACUUCUCCAGGGGUUGUGUUCACAGACCCAGAAGGUAAUCGUGAGUACCAGAACCUUUUUGAUGCAUUGUUGGAUGCUCAGUACUCUGCUCUUGAGAAAGCUGGUGCACCUAAUCUGCAAAUCGUUGUAUCAGAGAGCGGUUGGCCAUCAGAAGGGGGUGAUGCAGCAAGCGUAGAAAAUGCAGGCACUUUCUACAAGAAUUUGAUUAAUCAUGUGAAGAAUGGGACUCCAAAGAGGCCUGGACAAGCAAUAGAAACUUAUUUGUUUGCCAUGUUUGAUGAAAACCAGAAGAAUCCUCCAGGAAUUGAGAGACAUUUUGGUCUCUUCUCCCCGAGCCAACAACCCAAGUACCAAAUCAGUUUCGGUAAAUCAGAACAGUUUUGGCGAUGCCAAUAUAUAUUGCUCUAA